UUGUUCUAAGCUGUGGGUACAGUGUUUUUGCUUGUUAAUGUGAUACUGUCCCCAAAGUUUCCCAAAAGAAAAUAAAUAAUUAGCUGUAUUGAGCUAUGUUUUAUGGCUAUAGAAAAUGUUACUUUUACCGUGGUCUUGCUGUAUUAAAAUGGAAAAUGAGCUUUUGAUUUUCCUCUACAACUGCUUAGACUAAUCACUUGAUGGAAAUAGAACUACAUGAACGACAAGACCUGGGCUCUGUUUGGGUAAACAAGUUAAUGAAGCGCGUAUAGCAAUCGUGUUAGUGCUUAUUAUAAACUAUUUCUAUAACAAAGUGAAAAUGAAGUCAAAUUAUUUUUAUAUAAGCUAAAAACUAUUUUCGUAAGCUAUCUUAGAGAGCUUAUGGAAAUUAGCUGAAAACAGCUUAUGGACAAGCCACAAGUAGUUUAUAAGCUCUCUCAAACAGUCUUUUAGAUUCGACUUGAGACCGCUGCCAAGUUUUUAAAACCUUGUACGUCUCAUCCAAGCACCCUAUUGAGUGAAAGGACUUCAAAUUGCAUCUUGAUAGGUAUAUUCUAUACGUUUUUUCUUGCUUCUUUCACCGUUUAAGCCUAAACAAAUUAUACUAUUUAAACUUUACUAAUAUGUUACUAAUGCUUGCAAGUCUGUUACACUCAGUCUUGCUGUGAGUGUUGAUUAGAGGGGAAAGGAAGGAAAUUGUAUGUAUUUGUUAUACGCUACGCGAGGAAGCAAGAUUUUAAGAGUUAAGCCAACUGGGAAGAUAUGGAGUGCAACAAAGGUGAGGCAGCUAGGGCCAAAGAAAUAGCGGAAAGGAAAUUUUCUGAAAGGGAAUAUGCCGGUGCAAAAAAAUUUGCUAUCAAGGCUCUAAAUUUGUAUCCUCCACUUGAGGGUCUUUCCCAGCUUCUUGUAACUCUAGAUGUUUAUAUCUCUGCUGAGAAUAAAAUAAAUGGAGAAAUGGAUUGGUAUGGUAUACUUGGAGUCAAACCCUUUGCUGAUGAAGAGACGGUUAGAAAACAGUACAGAAAGUUGGCUCUCACUCUUCACCCUGACAAAAACAAAACUGUAGGUGCAGAGGGCGCGUUUAAACUCGUUUUAGAGGCCUGGAGUUUACUAUCGGAUAAGGUCAAGAGACUAGCGUAUAACCAAAACCGGAGUUCAGAAAGAUCUCGACAUAAUGCUCCUAACCAUGCUGCGUCUCGAUCUGGAGCACCCGGUUCAAAUGGCUUUAAUGAUCUUAACAAGAAUGCAGCAACUUCAAAUGCAAGAACUGAAAAUAGUAAUGCUCGGCCACCACCAACCUCUGUUCCUCCUCUGCAGAAAAUCAGUGGUACCUUUUGGACUAUCUGUAAUCAGUGCAGGACACAUUAUGAAUAUCAAAGGGUUUAUUUGAAUCAUACCCUUUUAUGUCCCAAUUGUAAAAAAGCUUUUGUGGCUAUAGAGAAGGGUCCACCUGCUCAUGCUGUUAAGUCAUCUAAUGGGUCUUCUCGGCAACAUCAUCAGAAGGUUCGACAUCAUACUGGAAGGAGUCAACCUGUAACCGGCUCAACUUGUUUUAAUAAGACAAACAUUCAGUCAGGUCCUCACUCAAGAAUGCCUGGUUUUGGUAGUGCAGGAGGAUCGUCAUCUAUUGCUGAUGUAAGUGUUAAGCAGCAUUCAGGUGUGAAAAGAGAAUUCGAGGGAGUCGCGUCAAGUGCUACAUGGGAGAAGAAUCUCACGAAUAAGGGGUCCGGUGGUUCUUUUAGUAAUAUUGAAAACCCUAUGAAGAAAUUUAGGAAAGAUGAUAUUCGCAUGCACAUGAUGACCAAGGGAGAUGGAGCAGCCGGUUUUGGCCGCGUUUAUGAAUCCGGAAAGACAAAUAACUUGGGAACAGAAAGGGUGAGUAAGCACUACAGCACUAGAGAGUUGUCAUUGUUCGAACUACGAAACAUGUUGAUCGAUAAAGCAAAGAGAGAAAUUUGCAAAAAAAUUCAAGAAUGGAGAUCAAUGGCUGAAGCUAAGGUUACAAACAAGGACAAAGGAAACAAGAGGCGAAAAAAUGCCAUCGGUGACAAAAGAACUGGUUCAGAGAAGCAUAGAGGUUCUGCUAUAAAUGGUAAAAGUGAUUCUAUUCCAGUCGCAUCUGAUGACACUCUGAAGGAGAAUGAUGCAAUCAGUGUUCCUGAUCCCGAUUUUCACAAUUUUGAUAUGGAUAGGGCCGAAAAUUCCUUUGAGGCCGACCAGGUCUGGGCUGCUUAUGAUGAAGAUGAUGGAAUGCCUCGAUAUUAUGCAAGAAUUCACAAGGUAAUUUCCAGAAAUCCAUUUAGAAUACAGAUCAGUUGGCUUAAUUCUCGAAGCAACAGUGAAUUGGGCCCAAUAGAUUGGAUAGGUUCUGGUUUCUAUAAAACCUGUGGUGAUUUCAGGACUGGCAAGCACGAAACAACUGAAUCAUUGAAUUCUUUUUCGCAUAAGGUAAGGUGGACGAAAGGCACCAGAGGAGUUGUUCGCAUCUUUCCUGGAAAGGGAGAAGUUUGGGCGCUCUAUAAAAACUGGUCUCCCGAUUGGAACGAAAACACUCCAGAUGAAGUGAUACACAAGUAUGACAUGGUGGAGGUGCUCGAAGACGUCAAUGAGGAAGAAAGUGUGUUGGUUAUACCACUUGUUAAGGUUGAUGGUUUCAGGACAGUGUUUCAAAGGCACAGCCAUGAUCAGGUUAGGAAGAUACCUAAAGCGGAGUUUUUUCGCUUCUCUCAUCAGGUUCCUAAUUACUUGCUGACGGGGCUAGAAGCUCCAAACGCUCCAAAGGGCUGUCGAGAGUUGGAUCCCGCAUCUACUCCCUUAGAACUCCUUCAGACAAUGACAAAAGCUAAUGAAGUGUUGGCUAAUUUUGGAAAAGUUUAAUGAAGACAAAUUGCCAAGUUCACCUGACAGAUGAAACUCCACAGUAUAGAUAAGUACUGAGAUAGGCUUAAGGAAUUAAAUUCAAGGAUGAUGAAAAUAUAGUUUCAUAGGUUACUAUUGAUUUUGUAAGCCUGACCCCACAAUCUUGUGCUUUUUGGUGUUGAAAUUGGGAUGGAAAGGAUUCACAGCUUUUGGGAUUUGCUGUGUAAUUUUGAAACUUGUUAUUCAUAUUGGUAUGGAUAUAAUCAUAGCUAAAGGUAUUAUUUAUCUUAGAGAAGUUUAAUGAUCAAAUUUUCUUGCUAUUUA